UUUAAAGAAUUUUGAAUUAGAAAUGGAGGAAGAAGCAUUUCAUCAUUAUGGAGGAAAAGUUACCUUCAGAAGUUUAAAGAAUGGCAAGUACCUUGCAGUCGACCUUAAAAAUGCCUGCGCUACUGCUACUGGAAACCAUCCCAUCCUGUAUGUUCAGGAUCUGGAUUUCCCUAAGCAAGAGGAGCUGAGAGUACUGAAAUUUGAUAAUAGAGAGUCUACUGAGGUCAUGACCUUUGGAACUGCUCUCUGAUUCCAGACUGAAGAUGGUUCAUACCUAACAUUCAAUGCAAAUGGAGAAAUGAAAGUAGAGAAAAACCCAAAUUAUGAGAGCGGAAAUAAUAACAUAGCUAAACUUGCGCAAUGGACUAUCCUGGACUCUAAUGAUAUUUUGAACAGAGGCCCAGUUACUCAGUUUGAUGAUAUUGCUUUAAGAAUUCCUUUUGGGUCUUAUUUGAUGACUGAAGAUAGCCUCUUGAUGAGUGCAAAUGGCCAAGCGAUUAAUGAAGAGACUUCAUUUAAACUAGUCAAGGCUAAUAUCCCUUUCCUCCCUGACUGGUUGAUGAAGAGACCAGGAGUUAACCACAACAAUCUUGUAUCUAGACCAUUCUUCGAUAAGCACAUUCCUAAUCAAAGAAAGAAGGUAUAUGAAGAAAAGCCAAAGCCUAUAGGAACAUUUCCUGUGGAGAUCCAGGAAACUCUUCUUCUUGAAGAUCUUCUGCACGCAAUGAACUCUGUUGAAGGAGUUUAUAUCAGAAGGAUCAACGUUGAAAAUGAGUACGAGUCCUCAAGAUAUGUCUACAGAGUAGAACCUGAUGAAGAGCAAUCUACUUGCGAUUUCAGUCUGCUUUACCUCAUUGGUAAAAUACUUCCAAUGUGUAACAACCAUGACAGAGUGUUAGAAUUUGUGAGCACUCACUCCCAUUUUGAAUACGGUCAGGUGAGCCAGGCUCUUUGUGGAGCCAUUAAUAUCCUUUUAAAGGAAUAUCUUGUCUUAGUAACCCAACUAGAUACUGAAUUUGUUAAAGGAAACCUUACUCUUCAAAAGACUUGGUUUUACAUCCAGCAGUCAAUGAGAAUGAUGGAAAAUUUGAAUAAAUUGGCUGUCGAUGCUGCUGAUAAAAGAGGAGGAGCUCUUCUAAAUGUCAUAUAUAAGUUCCUCACAAUCACUAGUGACAAGAGCAUCAAAGAACUGUUCAGCUUCUUGCUAGAGAAAGCAGCUGAACCUUUCCUGAAGAUCUUGAUGAAAUGGAUCUACUUCGGUGUCCUUAAUGAUCCUUUUGAUGAAUUUUUGGUUGAAGAAGACCCCUCUAUGAAUAAGGAUAAUAUUGAGAAAGAUUUUAAUGACUCUUAUUGGCAGAAAAGGUUUACUUUUAGGGAGGAUAUGAUUCCUAUCUUCCUUGGGAAGCUUUCAAUUAAAAUAUUACACACUGGAAAAUACUUAAAUGUAAUUAGAGAAUGAGGCAAAGAAAUUAAGCACCCUUGUGAGCAAGAGAUAAAAAUAUCGAUAAACCAAUCUGUUUUGAAUAAAGGCAACUCUCAAGCAUCUCUUAUCCAGCACAAGGAUUUCUCAGAACCUAUCGAAACCGCUCAUUCGUGGAGUUCACAAAGAUUAUUGGACCUCUUCCUUGUUGAAGAAAGGCUGAUGGAUAGGAUAAAAUCAAUCAAGCAUUACUUCUUCCUUGAUCUAGGAGAUUUCUUUAUUCACUUCUUUGACAGUGCUGAUAAAUAUCUUGAAAAUAAUACUAAGGAAGUCUCAAAUGACAAACUGAAAUCUUUACUAGAGAUGGCUAUUCGUACUUCAACAGCCAAUGCAGAUCCUUUCAAAGAUGAUCUGACUUGAGAGCUAAAUAAUUACUCUUUAAUUGAACAGAUUUUCGUCAUGCAAAAUAUCAGAGGAGCUUUUGGAACAAAUGCUUAUGCUGCAGAUGCUGGCUCUGGACAAAGACACAAUUUUCCACAAGUGCCAAUAUCAGGAAUGAAUUCUAUUCAAAACUAUAAAUGUGUGGAUAGUUUUACUUUAGACUAUAAAGUUCAGUGGCCUCUAACUCUGAUCAUCUCAAGAAGAGCUAUUACUAAAUAUCAACUCAUUUUCAGACAUCUUUUCCUAUGCAAAUAUAUUGAAAGACAUUUGGGAAACUCCUGGCUGAUGCAUCAGGGCACAAAAGAGCUCAAUCUCGACACCUUUUUGCUUGCUUCCUAUAACUUGAGACAUAGAAUGCAUCAUUUCUGUAAAAACUAUGUUUACUAUAUUGUUGUAGAAGUUCUUGAGCCAAACUUCCAUAAGUUCAAGCAGAAUAUGGAGAAGGUCAAAACUGUUGAUGAAAUCCUGGAGCUCCAUAAUACCUUCCUUGACCAAUGCUUGAAGGAGUGAUUGCUCACAGACCAGAAUUUAUUAAAAAUUGUUAUAAAAAUAGUCAACUGCUGUUUCUUCUUCAGUAGAAUAAUGCACAGGCAAGCAGCUACCAUUCAGGAAGAAGAUAGUGUCCUCACUGCUCAGAAUAUGGUCAUUGAUACUAAUGAGGGUCCUUCUGCAUACUGUAAGUAUAGACAGACUAAGAUUAAUGCUGAGAGAGAAUCUGCUAAGAAAGCUAUUACUGAAAGUGGGUACAAGAGCAUGAUUGAAAAGUUUACUAAGACCUUUGAUACCAACCUUAAGCAGUUCAUGAACGCUAUAAAGGCUUCCCAUUAUGAUCCAUACAUCUCUAAUCUUCUGAUGAGACUUGAUUUCAAUGGAUUUUAUGCUGAAAACCUUCUAUCUCAGUUCGAAGGAUUUGGAGGAAACUCUUUUGCCCCAUCAGAGAGCGUAAACAUGAGCAAUAACGAUAAUUCAAUGUUCUAG